ACCUAUGUUAAAGAUACUAAGAUAUAAUACUAAAUCAUGUUCACUAAUUUCUUUAAUUUUCUGUGUUAAAUUACUUGCAUAACCUAUAAAUUUGUCAGUCAAGUAAUAUGGCUUCUUGGAUCACAGUGACACCGCGGCUUGAACAAGGUUUGAAAAUAGCAAAUCAGAUAGACAACAGUAAAUUUCGCUUGUUAAUAAAUCGUAUUUGUCAAACGCUUCAAUCAAAUAUUAAUACAAAAAUAUUCAAUGAAGAGGAAGAAGAAAAACUAUUAAUUUCUUUGGAUUUAAAUAAAAAUGAUUUAGUUUGUCUUUUAGAUACAAUAAUAUUAAUUUAUAAACAAGCUGCUUGCAAUAUUGUAAAACCACAAUUAAUGGAAAAUACUUUAAAGAAUACUUUUAAAACAGAUGAUGAUAAAUGUUUAAUAUUUUUAAAUGCAUGGUUUACAUAUGGUAAAGGUAUAAUUGAUCAUUUUAGACAAAUGUCUAUUUUUCCUGUUCAGGUUAAGGACAUCGAUUGGAGUUUAAAUAUUCAAGCUGCAUCUUCAACUAUUAAAAAGGAUGUGCGACCAAUGGCAUUAUUGCAAUUAAAUUUAACAGGAGAAGACGAAUCUAAAUUAACCCUGGAAUUUGAUAAAAAAGAACUCAUAGAUUUAUAUCACAAUUUAGAGAGAAUACAAUCACAAUUGGAUGCUUUUAAAUAAUAGAAAUUUGAGUAUUCAGUGUACGUGUAUUUGCAUCAAAGACGAUGGGAAUCAGAAACAAGUUGCAAUGAUGUUUUCAUAUUAUUAUUUAUUUAAAGAAAUAUGGUUUACAAUGCCGAAGAGACUGACACUCAAACGCGCACGUACGAUCCACCGAUCACACCUCGGUGCAGAUUCUUGAAUUGUUCACGUUGGAAACUUAACAGUAACUCAAUGGCACACGAAGGUAAGUAUUAAUUAGCUUCGAACGAAAGCGUUCUACGUUUGAUUAUUGCACACGAUCUGUACCGAGUUUCCUAUGAGUUGAGAUUUUUCAAAUCUUCUUAAUAUCGUUAGAUAUUACUUUUGUACCUUUAAUAAUUAUAGAAAAUGAUUCAAAGUAAUUAUUACUUAUUAAUUAUUACUUUUCAGGUGAUGGUCGAUCGAGUGACAGCAAUGAAAACGCAACAUUAUUCGAAACGAAGAUAAAUAUUUCAAAGGGGACGCUUAACAGUAAGAAUUGUCUUAGCGUUAAUUUUAACAUGUGGCUGUUAUAUAUAAUGAGCAUCAGCAGUAAAAUGGGUAUCGUAGUAUUCUAAUAAAAAAAAAAA